AUGGACAGCGCCUGGAGGCCCCACCCCAGGCAGUGGGUGCUGUGGAUCUUGGCCGCGGUUGUUCCGAGCAGUGGACAAGAUACGACGACAACGACCACUACCGGGUUGACGCACCUCUACAGUCCGGAUGUGCUUGGGCAAUGCGUCACAUUGAAGUCUUGCCAGCUUCAGGGCGACUUCCCCAACCGUGGCUUCUGCAUUUCCACGCAGGCGACGUCACCAGACGUGGAAGGCCCUGGCGAGGCCUGCUAUGACGUUUGCAAUCCGAGCCACAAGCCCAUGGACUAUACUGUCAAUGGCAACGGCGCAGCUGACUUGUCCAACCACAUCUCGCAGGCGAUGGUGGCCCAAGUCCGGGCAGGACUCAACAACAACGUUUCCUGUCCAGAAGCACUGGGCCUGGCAGACUCCAUGCAGAAGUGCCCACCAGGCGAGCAGUGCAGCGACGAGCUGCGGCACAAAUUCAAGGUUCCCAGCGGCCAGGGCUUGUGCGUGGUGUCGGGUGGAAGUGAAAGUGGACAAGCAUGCUUUGACAUGUGUGACUACCGCAACCCCCCGAGCCGAUUUGCCGAGGGCGCCCAUCAAGGCAUUGCCCUGCACGUGAUGGAGUUUCGCAACAGCGGCGCCUGUCAAGCAAAGCCUUGGCUUCCCUGGGUCAUUGCGCUCAUAGUACUUCUGCUUCUUGGGGCCUGCUGUGGCCUGAUCCUCUACAGUUACCGCCGGCGCGGCGGCAACCGACGUGCCGAGAUGUUGAAAGACGACCUGGGCGACGACGAGGAGGAUCAGGAGAUGCCACCAUUUGAGGACCUUCCGCCACAGGGACAGCCGGGCUACCACGAGGACCCGGGCUACAGUCCAGAGUAUGACGUCCCUGCACGUGCAGGUGCUGGAAUGGCAGGUGCUGGAAUGGCAGGUGCUGGAAUGUCGUACGAGGCGCCGCCGCCGGAUCCGCCCAUGAUGCGGGCUGAGAUGCCGGAUCGGCUCGGCUCGACAGGUGCUUCCUUCAAGAUCCCAGGGCUGGACGAGCCGCAUCUGCCCAUGCCCAACUUGAACUUGCAGCUGCCGCAGUCUGGUCAGUCGGGACCGAUUCCACUUCAAACCUCGGCUUCUGCACUCUCGACUUCUGGACAGUACUUGCCGUCGACCGCCUACCGCGCAGCGCCAGCGUCGCCGCAAGCGGCCUUCACAACCCAGCUGCCAUCGUACCCCUCCCCGGGUCCGGCUGUGACCAGUCCAGGAUCCCGGGUCUACACCACGACGCUCCCGGCUCAAUUUGCGCCCAGUGGCUCUGUGCACAUUGCACCUUCGGCACCCGUGGUCACAGUGCCUCCGCAGUACACUGCCAGCUACUCCUUGCCGCCGGGCCAGCAGUGA